UCAGUUCAUUAGUCAGGUCGACUGUCCACUGAGGAGGACUUGCUCUCAGUUUUCAGUUCAGGUGGACCUUUUUACAUCUCUACUAACAGGAUGUCUCCGUCCACGUCCCCCCGCUUCUUCACGGAGAGGGAGGUAGCCCGCCACUGCACCAAGGAGUCCUGCUGGGUGCUGAUGGGGACCAGGAUUUACGACGUGACAGCCUUCUUGCGGAUGCACCCGGGUGGGGAGGCACUAAUACGCAGCCGCUCCGGCAAGGACGUGAGCCAGGCGAUGGAGGGACCCCCACACCGGCACUCGGAAAACGCCAGGCGGUGGAUGGAGCAGUACUACAUCGGGGAACUGGACAGAGACAGCGGCACCGACGAGGCACAGACUCUGAGAGCGAGAAAUAAACAGACCGAAGGAGAAAGGGCACAGCAGACGACAGAAGCGAAAGACGAGGAUGAGCGCGACCCAUGCAGCCUCUGCAGCUCUGUGGACCUCGAUAAGGAUUUGGUGGACUGGCGGAAGCCCCUGGCAUGGCAGGUGGGCCACCUCAGAGAGAAAUAUGAUGCGUGGGUACACCAACCAGUUGACAGACCUAUCAGACUGUUUGGAAACCCCAUCAUGGAGGCCAUCACUAAAACUUCCUGGUAUUGGGUACCUAUUGUGUGGCUCCCUAUUGUGUUUUAUCUGAGCUGGCACUGCUAUACCACCCUGGCACAGGGCACCACCAGACUAGCCCUCACUUCAGGCUUCUCUAUCCCUAUCCACAAGUACUUUUUCCCAGUCCUCUUUAUGAUGGGCUGGUUCUUGUGGUCGUUCAUCGAGUACUGCAUCCAUCGCUUCGUCUUUCACAUGAAUCCACCAGCUCAUAACUACUACCUCAUCACGCUACACUUCCUCCUGCAUGGACAGCACCACAAGUCUCCGUUUGAUGGCUCUCGGCUAGUCUUCCCUCCCGGCCUCGCCUCCUUAGUAGUGGCGGUCUUCUACAUGUCCAUCCAUUGCGUGCUCCCAGACAUCCUCGGAGUAUGCGUGUUCGUCGGUGGGCUGGGCGGCUACGUCGUAUACGAUAUGAUCCACUACUACCUUCACUAUGGCUCUCCGAAGAAAGGCUCAUAUCUGUACAGCCUGAAGGCCUACCACGUCAAACACCACUUCGAGCACCAGAGAUCAGGUUUCGGGAUCACCACCACAUUCUGGGACCACCCCUUCAACACAACCAUGCCUGAUGAAAAAUUCUGACAUGGAAACGGCUCCCCCGAAGGGCCACAGGACUUGUCAACCACCCUCUUUUCCCAACUCCUUUAGUUACAUCUCUGCAGCCAUAUAACUUCCACAGACUAGGAGGAACUUCAGGGCCACUGCAUCCAGUCCAUUAAUAAUCUGUGUAACACAUUAACCAGCACCACAAUAUUACCUUAAGCUCAGUCAUCUGGGUGUGUGUCAACCUGCCUGCACUAUUUACUCACUGUGAUCAUUUCCACUAAGAUGUGAGGGCUUUCAGUGCCAUUUUUUCCUUCUACUACUACUUCUUCUUUUUUCAUUUAAGAAAUCUGCCACCUGUGCUUUACCAACACCAACCUAUCACCUGAUCACCACUCAGAAUGUCGCCGCGUACAGCCGGGAGGUGGCCGUGGAGAGAAAAAUCUGUUUUGUGAUGCAUGUGGUCAAUUUGAAUUAGAUUUAAUCUUUUAAUCUAAAAUCAUACAGGGGGAAAACUGUGAUAAAAUUACUAAUCUGACAGCACAAUGCUCACACAGCUCACCAAAAACGCACACUGUUCAAGAGGUAACAGGAAGUGAUGGAUGGUAGGUGAAUGUUGAAGAUGGGUGGAGCGGAGGGGGGUGAGAGAUGAUUAGAAAGAGUGCAUGUGAGAGAGAAAGUGUGACAGAGAUUGAGAGAGAGUACGCUAACUAUUUAAUCUACUGAGGGAAAAGGCUUCUUCCCGCCUUCGCAUCAUCUACAGCUUACAUAUUCCUCGUCGCUGUCACAGCUUUUCUCUGCUACGCUGCUAUAAACUGUUGCGCUGCUAACAAAUCACAAAAGUUCCCUCCACCACAUUUGGGCUCGCUUGAUUUAAGAAGCAGCCGUGCCUGGAAAAAACCUUCGGUUUCACUUUUUUUUUUUGCUGAGAUACGUUUAACUUAUUAUCACCAAAUCUGCAGGAGUGAGUUUAUACUGUAGGAGGCUAAUUCCAUGUACUGUUAAUGUGACGUAAAAGCAGAGUUCAGAAUGUCUGAAACCCCUGUGGAGAUAUAUUUUUGCAAGUCUGUUGUAAUAUUUCCAUCUUUUAUUUUUUUUUCCUUCGUUAAUAAUUCAACAAAGAUGUAAAAAUAAUAUUUUGUAUGAAGCUUUGUACAGUAGAGGAGAUUCUUUAAUCGCACAGUCUUCAUUUUGUCAGGUUGACUAUAUGUUAGAGAGCGAGUGUGGUUGCCAGGGUGACGGGGGACAAAUCUGAAGGCAUGAAGCCAGUCUGUCUGAUUUCCUGCUGUGGGGAUCUUGGGGUCAAAGUUCACAGAUUUUUGGAAGUGUUAUUUUCUAAAAGUAAUCUUGACAUAGAGAUUCCUUCCUUUUAAAGGGGACCUAUAAUGCAACUUCUAACACCAUGUUUCAAGUGUAGCUUGGCAUGACUCACACUUCAAACUAAUGCUUAUUUACAUUAUACUAACAAACCAUCUUAGCUCUCUUAUCCCCUCCUCUUAAAGUCAACUUUCUUCUGAUUGGAUGCCUCUCAGAGCUUUGUGCCUUAGUUGACUAUAUAUAAGGGAUAUCUGCUCUCUAUGACAUCAUACAGAGCCAGGAGUAAAGGAAAGCUAUCUGAAACUUGAAUGUUUAGGUAGUUUGAAGCCUGAGCUUCUGUCUCAUGGAUCACUUGCACAUGGGUAUGAACUGUAACGGCACAAAUAUUACAGAAAAUUAGGAAAAGCAUAAUAGGACGACUUUAAAGUCGUGGUUUAUUUUGGCCCUGCAGACCCCUCCCUAGGAUGACGAUAAAGCAACAAAUCUGACUUUACAGCAGGAAGUCUUGACACUGACUGGUGGAUCCGCAAAACGUCUCCUGAAAAAACGCCCGACAACGCCGAUAAGUGAAGUAGAACAAACUUAAUUCACACUCUUUACAUGAAUAACUGAAGCACAGUAAGAACAUACUGCUGCUGCAGGAAAUGUAUUUUUUAUCUACUUUUCUAGCAUGAAUAAAUACUUCCACUUGUAGAAGUGUACAUACAGCUGUAUGUAAUCUAAUCCAUCUGAGUUUUCACCAUUCAAGAAGAUUUGUAAUGCAGAACCUUAACACCAUUUAUACUCCUCUUUUUAAAAAAAAAAAAUUGUUUCAUUUAUUUUUAUACAAAUUCUCUGCAGCAAUAACAGUGAAGUGUAAACCUAAAGAGGGCUGAGGGACCCCCAAAUGUUUCCACUAUGACGAGAUGAGUGGAUUUAUUAACUGAUUUAGCACCAAAAUGUGUCAUUGUCUACAAAUAUCUGUUGAUCUUUAGCUGUGAUUAUGAAUGUUCAAGACUUUGUGCAGAAAGCAUUAACUCAUCAAAAAGAACCUAAAGAAUGUUUUUAAUGUCUGUUAUGCUGAUGGUUCUAAUAAGUUCUAAUAAUAAUGAUAAGACAUGAUUGUGCCGGCUGCUUGGCAAAGUGAAAUGAUUCCACUUGUUGGAGUUAAAUUAAAAAAAAAUAAAAAUACAGAUCUUAUUUAUGUAUAUUUAUAUGAUAAGAAUGAAAAACGGUAAAUAUGAUUCUAACUUGUGAAAUUUUUCUCUUGUGCUAAAUUUUGCAGCAAAAAAAAAAAAAAAAAUCCUAAAUUUGUUUACUUUAAUGUCUUAACUUGUGUUUUGGAAUUUUUAAGUCCAUGCAAAUGCAAACGUAUUUGUAAAUAAAUAUCUGUAUAUUUCUGA